AUGAAAACACAAGUUCGUGAGCUUUGGCGGUCAACAUUGAAUAACAAUCCGUACAUGCUCUUAUUGAUAUUUUCAAAUCUUGAUGCUCGCACGCUCUUUAAAAGUUGUAGUUUAGUUUGCCGAGAAUGGUAUCAAUUGUUUUUUGAUCCGAGUCUUGAUCAUGAAUCAUUCCGAAAAUCACUUCUCAAAAUUGUUUAUUUAAAUGAUAUGUCUCAAAAGAUGCAAUUAAAACAUCAGUGGAAUCAUUCUUACUCACAGGAAACGUAUUCUCAUUUUGAUGACAUUAAAUCAAUCCUUUUGAAAAACAAUGAACAAUCAUUAACAGCCUUUUCUCAACUGCUCAUCAAAACGGAAAAGAAAAAGAAAAAACCAAGUUCAAGAAAAUAUCUCACAAUCAACUCGGUGUGUGAGCUCAUUCCAAUGAUUCGACAUCCAGAAAGAGCUUUGAAACUUUCAACAGAAAAUUCAGAACUAUUAAGAAAACAUCGAGAAGAUGCAAAGUUACCAUCGUUUCCACUGACUCAUUGGAAAUUUAAAUUGAAAGAAGAUUGCGGUUUUUCCAUUUGUCAUUAUUUAAUGGCUCAUACAUUUUCAGUACUUGAUACGAAACUGUGCUUGGACAUUACUUGUACAUUGACACAGAAGAGUCUUCUUUCUACACCAAUUUCUGUUGCUUCUAGCAAAAGUUCCAUUAUUGUGUUGAAAAUAGAAAUGACCUAUCAUCCACAAUUUCAAAAACAAUACAAGAAAAAGUUCAAUAUUGAUGGAAAGAGAGAAUGUUAUAUUUACUCAGUUUAUCUAUUGUAUCAAUCUGAUAGAAUAUUUUAUUUGAAAAAGUAUUUAAUAUGUGACUAUUUGAGUGGAAAUGUGGAUUAUUUGGAAGAUGUCAGCAAUUUUUUGAAACCCAUGAAAUUGCACAAUCAUAUUUAUGGAGACAAAACUCAAUUUUCAUUUCAUAUUGGAGAAUGGGAUUCACACACAUUCGACAUUGUUCUAUUUAUUGAUCAUGUUUUUCAAAUUGUAUAUGUUUGUGUUGAGAAUAUGUGCUUAUGUGGAUUUACAAGCAUUGUUCACAAAAAGGUUGACCCUCUCUAUGCACCUCUCCAAGUGAUCCCUUUUGAAACUUUUUCAGUUUCAAGCCGACCUUUAGUAGAUGCAAUUGCCUUUAAUUUCACAAAGGCCUUUCAACAAGAAGGCGUCACAUUGGCCAAUCCUGAAAAAUAUUCUGACUUUGUGGUAUUGGAAAUCAAGAUGGCAUGUCACGAGAUGGUUGAUGGUCUUGAAGGUCAUUUAUAUGCCGAAAAGUUUUAUACAGUUAUUGCCAAAAAGGUCAAUAACAACAACAAUACUAUCUGCAAAGAACAUGAUACAUCUUCACCAUACUCCAUACUAUGGAAGCGUUUCUCUCAAUUUCUCAUUUACAAGGAACAAACAUUUAAGAGGUGGUACGAUCAUGGUGAAUGUGAAGUAUGUGCCAAAUUUAUCGAUCAAGGACGACUACUCCAGUUCAAAGGAGACCACACGGAAGCUCUUUUUAAUUAUUAUGGUUACUAUGAUGAGGCACCGAUUUUCAAAUUCGUUUCACAUUCAUGGAAUAUUGAAUCCAUUUCGUACUCUCCAUGUUUAUUUCCAAGCCAAGAGGAACGCACAAGCAUGUUGAUACUUCCAAAGCAUCUCAUUCUGGAAAGCUCGUCGAAUAUGGAGGAUUUUUGUCGUCCAUCCUUUGAUCGAGCCAUGUACAAGACGACUCAGAUGGAAGUGUUGACCUUUGACGCGAAUUGUAAAUGUGCUCUGAGAUUGAAUGAAGUGUAUCAACGAUAUGAAUUGGUUUUUUAUUAA